GCUCUUAGUUUUUUUGCCGUUGUUUUUUUGUGUGUGCGUUUUUCGUGUGUUUCUUUGAGUUUUUCAGCUCCCACCCGGUGGACGAGCCCUCGGAGCUGAUGGCUGACAAGGCGAAGGUGCCCACGCCGCAGUCAGACGCCAUCGCAACAGCAGAACUCCUGUCACGCAUGACGGAGUUGUGCUCGUUGGUGGUUCAACGCCUGGAUGCCGGGUUACACCGAUAAGAAGUCUGUUGCCGAUUUCCUGGAUGACCUCACCGCCUAUCAGACGGGUAUGGGAAUUUCGGACGAAGUCCUAAUCCAACGCAUCCUGCAGGUUGCUUUGGUCGGAGACGCCGCCCGCUGGCUUCGGUUGCAAUCGGAGUUUACGUCCUUGCAGGACUUCCAGGAGCGGUUCAAAAACGAAUUCCUUCCCCCGGAUUACGAAUACCGUGUCCUAGAGGAAUUGCAUAAGCGCACUCAACAUCCUGAGGAAAGCUUAUCUGAAUUCGUUCGGGCAUUGCAGGAUCUGUACAGCAGAGCGGAUCCCACUGCUACGGAAGAGCAGCGUGUCGCACGGGCGAUCCGUCAGUGCCACCCGCGCUUCCGGCCCUACUUAAGAGCCCAUCGCUUUGAAACCCUUGAGGCGUUGGCCCAGGAGGCUCGUUCAAUACAAGGCGACCUCCUGGCAGAGCUUCAAUACCGGCCCCCUCCGCCCCCGGAGCUAGCGUUGGAACCGCGCUGCGCGUGGUCAGGAGGAGCCGCCUCGGUCGAACGCCUGCAUGCAACAGGUUUGGGUGACAACCCCCGUAAUUCACACAAUGCGGAGUCAUCCCACCGAGCCCUAGAUCCGUUCCUCUAUGACCAGAGGACGAUCCCCGCAGGAACGAGCCUUGACAGACCCGUCCCGCCCCGAAGUCGCGGUCAACCUGGCCUUGCAGCUAGCGAAACCCCACGGCAGCGGGAGCGACAUCAUCCUGCGCCCCCGCAGCCACAAGCGCCCAACGGCUGUUGGAAUUGCGGCAGCCCUGACCAUUUUCGUCGGGAAUGCCCGCGACAAAGACCGAACACCCGUAAUGUGCCAUCGGGAAACGGUCGCAGCCGGCGUCCAUGAAUGCUCGCUCAACGACGUCGGCAAGUUGCGAAAAAAGCGAGCAGACGGUUACUAUCCGUGGCCCUGAUCAGUCAAAAACUAGCUUUGCAAGCGGUAAGAUAACGCAAAGAGAUGCUUUGGCUCCUCUUGCUUUUUCUGUACGAGAUUACAUCGAGGAUAAGGAACCAAACAUCGCCGUUCGAAUUUUGGGUAAAGAUUACAUCGCCCUUAUCGACACGGGAGCUACGCUUUCCCUUAUCGGGGAUAGUGUUUACGAGCAUUGCGUAUCACGGCAUGUGGAAUUGCAAUCCACAGAUGUCACUCUUCGUCUUGCUUCCAAUGACGCCGUUCCAGCACAGGCUGCAGUUGUGCUCUGGGUACGUUUGGAUGGGAGACGACGAAAGCAGCGCUUCGUGCACCUUCCUGGCCUGGCAGUUCCUGUUAUCCUGGGCAGAGACUUCAUCAUCCGGCAGAAGUUGGUGCUGGACCUGCCCAAUGGAGGAUACGUGUACCACGGCUCGUCGGGAUUUUUCCGCUUCGCCGCAGCACGGGAACACUGCACAGCACAGCAAGCUGUGGCAGCGUCCGUUGAAACGUCUGGGCUGCCGACUGUCUUGGGGUCAUUCCAUGGUCCUGAGGAGCAACGCCGUCAGCUUGAACAAGUACUGCGGCAGUUUGACGGAAUCUUUACCGAAAAUCCGGGUAAGUCGUCUGUGUUACAGCAUAGCAUAGACACCAGUAACGCUAGGCCCUGGCGUUGUAAUCCCAGACCAUUGAGUGUGCAUAAGCGUGCUUUGUUAGACGCUGCUCUUAACGAAAUGCUCCAAACCGGUGCAGUUCAAAGGUCCCAGAGUCCUUGGGCAUUUCCUGUUGUUCUGGCUCCCAAACGAGAUGGUACGGCUAGGUUAUGCGUCGACUAUCGUCGACUUAACGCAGUAACUGUAAGGGAUUCCUACCCCUUCCCGUCCAUUGAGUCAAUCUUGUAUUCCCUGGGCAACGCAACUGUGUUUUCAACGCUUGAUUGUAGUAGAGGAUUUUUGCAAAUCCAAGUUGCCCCGGAGGAUGUCCCAAAAACAGCCUUUACGUGUCAUAGAGGUUUGUUUGAAUUUGUACGAAUGCCUUUCGGACUGUCUAAUUCACCCGCCAGUUUCCAGCGGUUGAUGGAUACAGUGUUGGGAGAUGCGAAGUACAAUUUCGCAAUGGCAUACAUGGAUGAUGUCGUAGUGUUUUCUAGAAAUUUUCAGGAACACUUGGAACACCUGUCAAUCGUCCUCGCAAGGAUGAAUGAAGCGGGCAUAACAAUCAACCCCCGCAAGGUGCAGCUGGCAUCGUCUAGGAUCAGCCUUCUCGGCUUUGUGGUGGACGGAGGGACCAUCCGUCCUAACGACGACAAGCUAAAGGCGAUCACAGAGUUUCCGGUUCCCGGUAACGUCAAAGCCUUGCUGCGCUUCCUAGGUAUGGUUGGUUUUUACAGACAAUUCAUUCCUAAUUGUGCCGAGCUAGCGCAGCCGCUUAACCAGUUGUUGCGCAAGGAUACGCGCUGGA